GCGCGCACGCUCUUUCAGAUCGUCGCUGGGUUAGUCGUUGACGUGGAGUGCGAAAAAUCGUUGCGUACGUGUUCACCUUCGUUCAUUCACGUCCUCCAAGUAUAGUGCGGGAGCAGGGGAGUCUUCUCCUCGGGGUAGAGAAUCAUCUCCAAACGCUACUAUGGUCGGCGGUAUCGUGGAGGAUGGCCCGCUAAUACAUCCAGUGGAGUCUGUGCCAACGUCAACUCUUAUCGGCGUAUGCGUCGGUGCAGCCUUUGUCGUAACGGCAAUUCUGAUGACCUGGUGGCUGUGUCGACGGCGUCGGGAACACACUAAAUUAGGCAUAGACAAGUCACUUGCCUUCAGACCGCCUCAUCGAAAGCCAACCGCGGUCAAGAGUCCGGGCAGUCAGGGUCACUAUCUGAAGAAGAGCCCUAGUCCAACGGGCCCGGCAAAAAGUCCGCCGAGUACGACUGGCACUCAAGUUCCAAGUCCCACUGGAUUCCAGCCUUCUCACCUAACUGGAUCCCUUAAAUCUCCAAAAGAUGCGAGCACGCAGUCACCAGCACUGCCAUCACCAAUGAGCACUGUUACUUUGACCAUCGAGAACGAGCGCGAUAAGGCCGAAGUAGAAAAUAAUGAGAAAACCGAUAGAGGGGAAGGUAGGUGUAUCUUGGAUGACAUAAGGGUCAGCCUCGGUCAGCUUGUAUUCAAGCUACGUUACAUCAGUGAGCAAAACGCCCUCGUAGUGACGGUGGUCCAGUGCAAAGGUCUACCGGCUCGCAGUCAGAACGUAAACAGUGAUCCUUAUGUGAAGCUCGUAUUGCUGCCCGAGAAGCAACAUCGCACGAAGACCCGAGUGCUCAGAAAUACGAGGGACCCUAUCUAUGAUGAGGAAUUCACGUUUUUUGGUAUCAUGCAGUCUCAGCUCCAGACAAUGUGCCUGUACUUCAUUAUUAUGAGUUUUGAUAGAUAUUCUCGUGAUCAAGUUAUUGGAGAAGUUGUAUAUGCACUUUCUUCAGUACCCGAGAUAGAUUUAAGACAAGAUAAUGAAAUUAGACUGUGUAAAGAGAUUCGACCAAGAAAUUUGAAGAUCCAAUCUCACGGUCGAGGAGAAUUAUUAGUGUCUUUGGGUUGGCAGCCAGCAACUAGUAAAUUAACAGUUGUUGUAUUGAAGGCGCGAAAUCUGCCUAAAAUGGAUGUAACGGGAUUAGCAGAUCCGUACGUAAAGAUUUAUCUACUUUAUAACAAUCAACGUAUUUGCAAGAGAAAGACUCACGUGAAGAAACGCACUUUGAAUCCUGUAUUCAAUGAAUCGAUUGUUUUUGAAAUUCCAAAUGGUACUGAAGGUCUCAGUAAGAUUAGUCUCGAAUUUUCCCUUCUGGAUUGGGAUAGAGUUAUGAAAAACGAGGUUAUUGGCCGGUUAGAAAUUGGUGGUCCUAGAUGUCAAGGGUCAGCUCUCAAUCAUUGGAACGAAGUUUGUAGCUCACCUAAACGUCAAAUAGCUGAUUGGCACAGAUUAAGAGAGUAACUGUG